UAAAAAUUCUUUUCCUUGGAGAACACAUCCACUAAGCGACGCCAUCUCUUCCUCAAAUACCUCUAGCAAUCUUGCCUCUCCUUCCCUGCCGCCUUUAACAUGAUAGAAGAAGAUUUGGAGGUAGCCAUUAAAGUGGUAGUCGUGGGGAAUGGUGCUGUGGGGAAGAGCAGCAUGAUAAGACGGUACUGCAAGGGAGUGUACACGCAGGACUACAAGAAAACCAUUGGAGUGGACUUCCUGGAGAGAGAGAUUGAAGUUGAUGAUGAUAACGUAAGAUUAAUGGUUUGGGAUACUGCUGGUCAGGAAGAGUUUGACUCGAUCACUAAAGCAUAUUACCGAGGUGCCCAAGUCUGUGUUCUGGCCUUCUCUACGACAGAUAAGGAUUCCUUUGAUGCAAUUGAGAGAUGGAAAAACAAGGUUGAAGCAGAAUGUGGUGCUAUUGUUAUGGUAGUGGUUCAGAAUAAGAUUGAUCUAAUUGAUGAAUCUGCUGUCUCAGCAGAAGAUGUAGAAGCUUUGACUAAAAGAUUAAAGUUACAUUUAUUUCGAACUUCGGUCAAGGAAAACUUUAAUAUUGACGAAGUGUUCCUCUAUCUCUCUCGAAAGUUUCUUAGCCAGCAAAGGAAAGAAGCAACAGAAAGAGCUCAGAACCAGCAGCCAACAAGUUCACUUGCUCAAAUAUUCACCAGCAGUAUAGAUAAUUUGGACAAAGCUGGUCAUAAGGAUAAUGCUAAUGGAAAAUUGAAAACCAACGAAGAGAAAUCUUUUAAAAUAAAACCAACAAAGGAGAGAGUACAGAGAAAGCACAGACCAUUCUGUGCACUGCUUUGAUGUGAUUCGCAAGCACACGUAAUAUGAACAGUUUAUUAUUUAAUAUUAACCAACAAUCCAAUUUCACAUAAGAAACAACAGCAGCUCUAUUAUUAUUAAUAAUAAUUAUUUAUUUAUUUUAUUUCCAUCUUGUUUUGUUUUGCUUAUUUAUUGCUUGUAAAAAAUGGUGAUAGCUUCAACUAUAAUUUUAA